UGUUUCCGCGCGGCGACCAGUGCCACAGCCUGACAGAUGCAGCAACACACCGGCGACGACAUGGAGGUACCUUUACUUAAUGAUACUAACAGUAACAGACAGAAGUCUUUGGCUCCAGACAGGGAUGAGUUCAGCAUUCAGCAGAAGGAUUCGGAGGGGUCCAUGGAGUCCCCCAACCUAGAGUUUGAAUAUGGGGACACCGAUAGCUUCACAGCAGAACUCUCAGAGCUGUAUAGCUACACAGAGGAACCAGAGUUCAGUCUAAACAGGGAUUAUUUUGAGGAAGACUUCAAGAAUCAUGUGAAGGGAAGGAGGUGGAUGCAGCUGAGUAUGCAGGAGCAGAGGGCGUAUGUCAUGAGACUGCUGGAUGCUCUGGAGGUCACUGAUCGAGACAAGAGGCUCAAAGUCGCCCGAGCAAUCCUCUAUUUGGCCCAAGGUGUGUUUGAUGAGUGUGACACAGAGACAGACGUUCUCUACUGGUCUCGACACAACGUCUUCCUUCUCUACGACAUGGGCAUCUUCAAUGCUUUACUUGAACUCCUCAGCAUGGAGAUAGAUAAUAACCAGGCGUGCAGCAGUGCGGUAAGAAAACCAGCCAUAUCCCUGGCAGACAGUACUGAACUUAGGGUUCUAUUGAGCAUUAUGUAUUUGAUGGUGGAGACCAUUCGUGUGGAAAUGGAGGGUGACCGCCCAGAGAGGAAAGCGGCAAGACAGGCCUUCAAAACAGAGUUGGGUUCACCACUUUAUAAUGGCGAGCCCUUUACCCUUCUCCUCUUCACCAUGGUAACCAAGUUUUGCAGCAUGAAUGCACCCCAUUUCCCCAUGAAGAAAGUGCUGCUCUUACUAUGGAAGACCGCAUUGUUCACGCUGGGAGGUUUCGAGGAGGUGCUGGAGAUGAAGGUGAGAACGAGAGAGCAGUUGAAUCUACCGCCGCUCCCCGAGGACAGCAUUAAAGUAGUGCGAAAUAUGCGAGCUGCCUCCCCUCCUGCCUCGGCCAUGGAACUCAUUGAACAACAGCAGCAGCAGAAGAGAGGACGCAGGAGUCGCAGGAGUGCCUUUGUUGAUAGCUUGGAAGGAGACAGUCCCUAUGCCAAAAAACAGCCCCUGGUCAAGCAGGACAGUCUGGACACGUACAAUGAACGGGACCCUUUCAAGAAUGAUGACGCCCGUGAUGAGGAGGAUGACCCAGAUGAUGUGGACAGCGGCAUCGAGGGAGAGGUGGACCCCCUUGACAGAGACGUCAUUAUCCAACUGCCGCCACCACCACUGCCGCCCCCCACUGAGAGAGUGUCCUUCCCCAAGGGACUGCCCUGGGCACCCAAAGUCAGAGAGAAAGACAUCGAACACUUUCUGGAGACCAGCAGAAAUAAAUUCAUUGGCUUCACCUUGGGCAAUGACACUGAGACUCUAGUUGGUUUGCCCCGGCCCAUACAUGAAAGUGUGAAGACUCUUAAACUGCACAAGUAUGUUUCCAUAGCAGAAGUCCAGAUCAAGAGAGAGGACGAGCUACAGCAGUGCCCCAUGACUAUGGGGGAAGAGGAAGUGGAAGAGACACCAGCAGAGGUUCUAUAUUUGGGAAUGCUGCCCAGCCUCUCUCAGUAUGUAAUUGCCCUUUUGAAGCUGCUACUGGCUGCUGCUCCAACCUCUAAAGCGAAGACCGAUUCUAUCAACAUCCUUGCCGAUGUUCUGCCUGAGGAAAUGCCAAUCACUGUCCUCCAAAGCAUGAAGCUAGGCAUUGAUGUGAACAGACACAAGGAGAUUAUCGUCAAAGCCAUUUCUGCUCUUCUGCUACUGCUGCUUAAACACUUCAAACUCAACCACAUAUACCAGUUUGAAUAUGUGGCACAACAUCUGGUUUUUGCUAACUGCAUCCCGCUCAUCCUGAAAUUCUUCAACCAGAACAUCAUGUCUUACAUCAGUGCCAAAAACAGUAUAUGCGCCCUGGAUUUCCCACAUUGUGUGGUUCAUGAAAUGCCUGAACUCACAGCUGAAAGCCUGGAAGCUGGUGACUAUAAUCAGUUCUGUUGGCGUAAUCUCUUCUCCUGCAUCAACCUACUUCGGAUCCUGAACAAAAUCACCAAGUGGAAACACUCAAGAACUAUGAUGCUUGUGGUGUUCAAGUCUGCUCCGAUCCUGAAGAGGGCGCUAAAGGUCAAACAAGCUAUGAUGCAGCUCUAUGUUCUCAAACUCCUAAAGAUCCAGACUAAGUAUUUGGGCCGCCAGUGGAGAAAGAGUAACAUGAAAACAAUGUCAGCCAUUUAUCAGAAAGUACGACAUCGGCUCAACGACGACUGGGCAUAUGGGAAUGAUAUUGAUGCUCGGCCAUGGGACUUCCAGGCAGAGGAGUGUGCGCUUCGGGAGAGCAUAGAGAAAUUCAACACACGCCGUUAUGAUAAGAAUCAGAACAGCCUGUUUACACCAGUAGACAACUGCCUCCAAAGUGUUUUGGGUCAGCGUGUGGACCUGCCGGAAGACUUCCAUUACAGCUACGAGAUGUGGCUAGAAAGAGAGGUGUUUUCACAGUCAAUCAAGUGGGAAGGUCUGUUACAGGCCCAGUGAUGCAGCUGCUAUUACAGAGACACCCAAAAAUGAAAUUUCUGUCAUUUACUCAUGUUCGUCUAAUCCCGUAUGACCUGUUUGAGCUGAGGGGUAAGUAAACAAUGACCAAAUGUUCAUUGUUGGGUGAACUAUCCCUUUAAGGAUGUACUGUUUUUGUGGGAAAGACACUCUGUAAUAAACUGACACUAAUACUGUGGGCUCACAAUUAACACAAGUCCUCAAAGCAUUGGGCCUUCCUUUCGUGUUCUGUAAAUGAUUGCUUGUAAAUACAGAUAUAAACGUGAAUACACUUUAUGGAAUGGUGACCCUCCUUUGGUAAUUCUGUGGAAGGAGCAUGGUUCAUUGGGUAAAUGAAAUCCUUUUAUUGAAUGAAAGAUAUCUUCUCCAAUAACUGAAGCACAUUUUAUAUAACAAUCGCACACUGAUAUUAUCAAGAUUUAUUUAAAUGGUCAUUCAUUGUGUAGAACUGUGAAAAAUGUGUGCUUACACAUAAUUUAAGUAUAAAGAAGAAUAAACAUGUGUUUGUUACCUGUUACUGUAGUACUGAGGCAGGGUCUCUCUGGAAAAGAUAAUCGUCCACAGUUUAAAUUGCAAAUUUAAUCCAGAGUUGAUGUGUCAAAUGUACUUCUGUUUCUCUGUGGUAUUAUGUUGAGUGGAGCCAGUCACUCCUUUUUUGUCCACUCCACAUGUAGCACUGCACGGCACACAAAAACGCCUUUAAAGUGUCCUUGGUGACUGUACCGUCACCCACACUAAUAACUAAAUGGUGCUGGUUUUUAACAAUUCAUUUUUAUCUAUGUCUUAUUCUCUGUUGAGGUUAUAUGACAAGGUUUUGUGAAACACUAAUUAAAGAGCUGAGACAAGCUGUUCUGUUGCUUAAUCCAAAAACAAACAAAAUGCAGUGUCAUAUAGAUCAUUCAUAAAGACUUCACCUCAUUGUUCAC